CACAAGUAAAAUCACACUGCCCCGGUCGAGCUUGUGGUCCCCAGACAUUGUCAUCAAUGAAUUCAUGGAAGCAAACACAGGACCAGAAACCUACUUUGUGUACCUACAUAGCGAUGGGACUGUACACGACUGGCUUCCGGUGAGAGUGGUCAGCUCCUGCAACAUGGAUAUCUAUACGUUCCCUUUCGACACUCAGAACUGCUCCUACACCUUCAAUUCCUACUUACACAAUGCUGAUGACAUUCAGCUGGUUCUUGACCAGCCCAUUGAAGCAAUCAUAGAGCGGACAAACAAUUACAUGGCGACGAAAGGAGAAUGGAUACUCCUCAACAUGACAGCAUACAAUGACAAGAAAAAUGGCUCAGAUGAAUGGAAUCAUCUGGUUUUUAAUUUGAUCCUGAAAAGGCACCCCACCCUGUACGUGGUGAACCUGCUGGUACCAAGCUGCUUCCUCAUCAGUUUGGACCUCUUCAGCUUUGUCCUGCCCCCUCAGGAUGUGGACCGGUCAGCCUUCAAGAUGACGCUCAUUCUGGGCUACACUGUCUUCCUGCUCCUCAUGAACGAUCUGCUGCCUGUCACUGGAAACACCAUACCUCUUCUAAAUGUGUUCUUCUCCAUCUGUCUUGCUCUGAUGGUGGCCAGUCUUCUGGAGACCAUCAUCAUCACCAACGUCCUACACAACUCCCAUAACUACCCUGACGUGCCACGCUGGCUCAGGUUUCUCGUCAUAAACCUCCUGGCCCGCCUGGUUUGUCUGAGCAGGAAGACACCAGAUGACAAGGCCACUCUGACAGAAAGAUCAGUUGAAGCCCCUCCUCAGCGUCCCGAUGUGACUGAGACUGAGCUGGUCCAUCAGGAGCACUUUGGGAGUCUGCAGAGGGACCUGAGAGCCAUCCGGCAUUACAUGGAGAAGAGUGCGGCCACCCAGCAGGUGUCAGAGGACUGGAUCCACAUCGCACAGGUGGUGGACCGCUUCCUGUUCUUCAUCUACCUCAUCUUCAUCUCCACCAGCUUCAUCACCAUACUGGUCAUGUGGACCACUUAGUAGCUGUGUUUAAUGAUGUUAUGGCAUAAUCAACUACAUACAGGUCUUAGCUAGAUCUUGUGAGAAUCACUAAUGGGUUUUGGGUCUGUUCUGCCCUUAUGUAAGGGAUAACUUUAUGGCUGAUCGCUAAACAUACUGUUUUUCCAUGUCCUUCUAAUGGUCCACGUUUGAUUGUACAUCACUAUGUCCCUGGGAAAUAACAUGAAAUUGGUGUAGGUGUAAUAUAUGUAUACUUUGUCUAAUUGACUAUGUCCACACCCAAAGUCUAUGUCUAUGUCUGCGUGGGAAAGUAAGAAA